ACGUCAUUUCGAUGGAGCUUUGUUGACAGAAUAGAAUUACAGAACCUCAAUUUGUGCUGCUGAAAAAAGUGAAACGAAAUUACACACAUACUCCGACUCCCUCAAUUGAUCAUAGAAACAUGCGUGACAAGCGAAAGAGAAAUCACUCAAAAACAGCGGGCUGUUCGGAGUUCAAGAAAAUCAUAGGCCAUCGAACAAGAGGCGAAAGGACGUAUUACAAGGUGCAAUGGGAAGGGCAACAAUUGCACACAUGGGAAUUGGAAAAAAACCUGGAUGCUGACAAAGUUGCCGAAUACAAACGAAAAACAGCUUCUGGUGAACAAUCUCCUCCAGAAACGAAAGAAAAACCGAGGAUUGGCUUUCAACGUGGUCUGGAGCCGAAACGCAUUGUUGGUAUGUACGAAGUGGGUGAGACCAAUGCACUUAUGUUCAAAAUUGAAUGGAACGGAUGCAAGACACGUGAUUUGGUUACUGUGGACGAGGCGAAGGAGAAAUGUCCACAACUUGUGAUCGAAUUCUAUGAGAAACGGAUCUCUUGGGUCUGAACGUACAUCAACGACUGUUGUGGCAUUCGCAUUGCCCUUUACUCAUUUUAUUUUUGAAUUUAUGAACUUGUC